GCUCAUCCAAUCAGUACACCCAAAGCUUCGCCAUGGAUCUAACCGAGAUUUCGUUCGACGUCCCAGUGAUCCUUCAGUCAAUCCGCAAAGGAAAAAGCUUGCAGAACCCGCUUGGCUCCAAGAAGGCUCGCUGUUUAACCGACAACCGCGAUCGCUACGAGCAAGUGUUCUUACAUCGUGUCCGUGACGACAAGAUCGCCAUCCAGUCAGCUCACAAUGGACGCUUCCUCCAAGUUCGUGCAAAUGGAGAGUGCGUCUUUGACCCUAAAGAGCCUGGCGAGUGGGAGCUCUUCACCAUGGAGACGGACUCGAGCUGUGCGCUGUACUUUGUGUCGUGCCACACGGGGAAUGUCCUUCAUUGCAACGACAGCAAUGAAGCCAGGUGUGCAAACCAGAACCGUCAAGACUGGGAGGCGUGGAGGAUCGUGGAGCCCCGUAUAAAUUCAAUUGCCACCCACCCGCAGCGAGCUGUGGAUCACCGCUACGUCCUUGCGGGCAAAGACCGUCAGCACUUGGUUCUGGAGCUCGCGAGAUGCGGGAAGACACCGACCGAGAUCGAGCAAAUUGUGACGAGCCUGUUUGAUGCUCCACUUGCCAUAGCUUCAGGCUCGGCUCUUGCUGUUCAAGUCGACAAGGAGUAGGCAAGGCAGAUGCUGGAUUUCUUCCAUACAUCUUGCAUUCAUUUACUGUUUAUGGAUGGCACCACGUUUAACAGCAAAAAAUCUCGCUGUGCUCAAGGCGGCCUUAUACGGAGAAGCUAGGAGAAUCGUCAUGACUUUUAACCUUAUCUUGAUCAUCUUUUCAGUUUCACCAACAUUUUGUUUUGUGGUAUUUAACAAUUAUUACUAGGCGGGGCACGAUGAUACCAUACAUACAAGUCAGCACUUGGAAACCAAGUGGGUCGGCGAAUUUCUCUGUCGUGAACUUAAAAAAAAAAACGAGUUUAUUUAAA